AUGUCUAAUUGCGGUGGGCCCGGAACCGGCGAAAACGAAAACGCCCGGCGACCGAAUCUGCGAAAUAUAGGCACAGCGCAAAAUUUGCCUUUGGUUAGACGUGGUUGUGUCACUCGGUCAGCAAGAGCGGCCAACCCGUCUAAUUUCAAUAUUUUAAAUCCUAUUGCUGACAUUCGUGCAGCAUCACCCAAACUUACUCAUCCGUCCGAUGAAAGUCCCUUGGGACGAGAUAAAGGGCUGAGUAAGGAUGCUCCUGUUAAACAGGGGAAAACAGGCUUGUGGACGGAGAUAGAGAUCACCGAGCUUCGACAACUGGUUAGUAGCAAUACUAACCACGCCGGGACUGUGUCCUGGGUCAAAGUUGAAAAAGCUUGGAGACUGAUUGCAAAUCUCCCUGAAAGAUCCAAAGCAAGUCUUAGCAGUAAAUGGCAUGAUAUAAAAACUAAAUCUACCAUUUUGAUUGCUGAUGAUACCAAUCAGACUCAAUGCAGUCCUGAUACGAAUCCAGGUAACACGGUUACCGGGUUCCCCUCGAGUGUAACAACUACUGAUACCGCCCAAGUGACGGCCAGUAACACUCUUGGGAUAAAAGCAGUUGUGGGAGACGAAGAAGAGAAUCAAUGUCCACCGGUUGAUUCCCCUGAUGCGCUCAUUCAAUUGACCUUCAGGAAAAACCUACAAAAAGCACGAAAAAUAGGUUGCCAGAUGACGUUGAGGAAACCACCAAAUAGAGUCUCUGGCCAGCAUAUCAAACCUAUUAUCUGCGUAGUAGACGGUCUUAUAAAAAGUGAACUACAUAAAAAAGGAUCAUGUCGACUUACUUGGAAUCAACUGUCGGUUCUGGUUUUUGCCGGGGCGUUGACAGUCUCUGAGUUAGGCAAUCAGUUUACAACUGAAAAAGCUGAAAAAAGACAGGCAUGGUUCAGUAGUUCAUAUAGAGAAUGUGAUAAUCUGCGAAGAGUAAUCGGUAAGGCUACCGCUGAACUGAGACGUCGUAAGAGAUUGAGGAGAAAGAAAGGUGCUCAAGCAGCGCCAACUAUGCAACAAGUUGCCAAUAUUAGGAUGCUUGUAAAAAAGUACAAAGCAGUCUCCU